AGUUGUGAUUGUAUGUACAAUUUGUUAAUAAUCUAUUUAUAUAUUAUUUAUAGUUGAUUCUGCAUGUUUUCCUCAAGUAUUAAGUUUCUGAUGUGAAAAAUGAGUGAUUUAUUACCUGUUGAAAACUUGCAGUAAAUAAAAAAAUUAAGUUGCUAUUAUGGGCAAAAACCUAUAUAUGUUUAAUAUUGCUAUUGAUCCUGAAAAUAUAGGUGAUUAUCUCUGCAUUUGGUGAUUUAUGUGCAUCUAGUGUAAAAUCUGAGAAUUUUGUAGCCAUUUUAAGUUUUGUUAUACUUAUAUAAAAAAAUAAUUGGGAUUAUAUAAGGGAAUGACUUUUUUGAUGCCGCUGUUCAUGGAGACUCAUAUAUGGCUAAGUGACACAGCGUGAACAUCGAGAGCAAAUCUACAGAAGGCUAAAAUACAGGAUUUAAUGAAGAAAACUGAUCGAAGUAAAAGGAACAUUGCAGAGUGGUGAUGCUGAGAAAGGGAGAGUGGGUUUGGCUGGACACAGGCACUGAAGUGCCCAUCGGAGCAAAGGUGAAAGUAACACCAAGCGGUCAGCGUUUACUGGUGGAUGAUGUGGGCAAGGAGCACAGUCUGUCCCCGGAGAAGGAGGCCUCCCUCAAGAUAAUGCACCCUACAUCAGUGGAGGGGGUGGACGACAUGAUCAAACUUGGUGACAUGACAGAGGCUGGUGUACUACGAAACCUGCAGCUUCGCCACAAACAAGGGUUCAUCUAUACUUACACCGGAUCGGUGCUGGUGGCAGUGAACCCAUACCAAUUUUUCCCCAUUUAUUCAAAUGACCAGGUAAAACUGUAUCGUGGUAAAAAACUUGGGCAACUCCCUCCACAUAUCUUCGCAAUCGCUGAAUCUUGCUACUUCAACAUGAAACGUCAUCUUAGGAACCAGUGCUGCAUCAUCAGUGGAGAGUCUGGAGCAGGCAAGACUGAAAGCACCAAGUUGAUUUUGCAGUACUUGGCAGCAAUCAGUGGUGAGCUCUCUGAACAACAGAUUGAAAAACAGAUCUUGGAGUCCAACCCUAUUUUGGAAGGUUUUGGAAAUGCUAAGACCAUCAGGAAUGACAACUCUAGUCGUUUUGGAAAAUAUUUGGAGAUUUUUUUCAAUGAGGCUGGAACGAUUGAGGGUGCUCGCGUGGAGCAAUACCUGUUGGAGAAAUCUCGUGUCUGCCAUCAGGCCAAAGAGGAACGAAACUACCAUAUUUUUUACUGCAUGCUCGCUGGAAUCACAGAAGAGGAGAGGAAACAUCUGCAUCUCCAAGAUGCAAAGGAUUACUUAUUCCUUACCAAGGGGGACUGUAAUACAUGUGAGGGGAGGGACGAUGCUGAGGACUUCAGGCGUAUUCGAUCUGCCAUGAAAAUUCUGACGUUCUCUGAUCAGCAGUGUUACGAAAUUUUCAAGUUGCUUGCAGCUCUACUACACCUGGGAAAUGUCUCCUUUGAAGCAAACACACAAAAUAACUUGGAAACCAGCAAUGUCAGCAAAUCUGAAAAUUUCAGCACUGCAGCAUCACUGCUAGAGGUGCAGAAUUCUGUGCUGGCCGACAGUUUGACCAAUCGUUCUUUUAUGACCAAAAGAGAGAUGGUGACGAAACCAUUAGACUGUGAGCAGGCCUCUGCAUGUAGAGACGCCUUUGUCAAGGCGAUCUACAAUAAACUCUUCAUAUGGAUAGUGGGGAAAAUCAAUGAUGUCAUCCACAAAAGGAUUUCUGACAAACCCAAAUCACAACCCCAUUUGUCAAUCGGCCUGCUUGACAUAUUUGGCUUUGAGAACUUCCAGACCAACAGUUUUGAACAGUUGUGCAUAAACUUUGCAAAUGAGAAGCUGCAGCAGUUCUUUGUAGGCCACAUUUUCAAACUGGAGCAGAAGGAAUAUCUGAAAGAAAACAUUGAGUGGAAUAACAUCAAUUUUGGUGACAAUCAGAGGAUUCUGGACCUUCUGGCUGGGAAACCCUGUAAUCUACUGGCUCUAAUUGAUGAGGAGACUCAUUUUCCAAAGGGCUCAGAUCUGACAAUGCUCAGCAAGAUGAAUCAGCAGCACCAUGGAGACAAGGCUUACAUUCCCUCUAAGAGUGAACAUGACACUGGCUUUGGGAUUCACCAUUUUGCAGGCAUCGUUUUUUAUGAAUCCAAAGGGUUUCUUGAGAAGAAUAGAGACGCUGUAAGCACUGACAUAUUCAAGAUGCUUGAUAUGUCCACCAACAAGCUGCUUCAGCAAAUUUUCAAGGCAGAGCUUUCAACCAAUGGAGUGAAGAUGACAAAUAACAAACGGGUCAUGAUCACACCCAAAAAUAGCAUGCGGUCCUCUUCUAACAACCGCAAGCAAGUGCCAACCCUCAGCGGUCAGUUCCGGCAAUCUCUGGAUGCCCUCAUGAAGGCUCUCUCUGUCUGCCAACCAUACUUCAUCCGUUGUUUCAAACCAAACAACAAGAAGCUGUCUGAGGACUUUGACCGAGAACUUUGUAUGCGUCAGCUGAGGUACUCUGGCAUGAUGGAUACCAUCCGCAUCAGGAAACUGGGGUAUCCUGUUCGCCACACCUUUGUGGAAUUCUUGACACGUUACAGAGUGCUCCUGAAAACAACCAUCUGUGACCCCAAAACGAACACAGCUGCUGCCUGUUGUGAAGCCAUCUGCCAGACAGUGUUCACAGAACAUGACGAGUGGAAAAUAGGGAAGACCAAGAUUUUCCUCAAGGAUGCUCAUGAUGCUGUCCUAGAACGCCUCAGGGAAGAAGAACUCAGCAGGAAUGCUGUUGUGAUCCAGCGAUUCGUGCUGGGAUACAAGCACAGAAAGUCUUUUCUAGAGAAGCGUAGAGCAGUUUUGGUGUUGCAGAAAAACUGGCGAGCAUACAGGGAUAAAAAAGGAACAAGAAAGCUCCUGCAAGGUUUUCAACGCCUUGUGUCAAAGAUUUGUGGUCGUAAGCUUCAGUUCCAGUAUCAAAGACAGCGAGCAGCAGCAAUCACCUUACAGACACUUGUGAGGCGUCACCAAGCAAGGAAGCGUCAAAGACAGGCAGUCUUACUGCUGCAGGCUUACACCAGAGGAUUCCUUGCAAGAAAAUCAUAUGCGAGAAUGAAGACCGAGGUACCGGUCCUCCCUGACCUUCAUACAGCCUCAGAGGAUCAUGAGAGUGAAGAUGACAUUGCCGAGGCACUUACGUGCCAACUAGAAAAAGUCAUCAUGCAGGCUGAGCGAGCAGAUGAAAAGAUUGAACCUGUCAGUGAGGUGGAUUUGGAGGACAAUAAAAGCAAUGACCUCCCAAUCACUGAGUUACAUUUGGAGGAUAAUGAAAACAAUGUCCCGCCAAUCACUGAGAUGGAUUUGGAGGACAAUAAAAACGAUGCCCAGCCCAUACCACUCUUGACAUUUACAAUGUGCAAAGAACUGGAAUCAGAUGAAACUGAGUACGCCGAGACCAGAUCUGACAUAAGUAUUCCUGCCUCAGACACAACAAAUCCAACUCCAUCACUCGAAGAAGAAGAAGAUGAUUUUGAAGAUUUUACAGAGGAGUUUUCAUUCUACCAGUUUAGCAUUCUUCACUUUCAGGGUGACGUGAGCCAUACGCACAUAAAACAGAGACUCAAGAAGCCUCUUCUGCAACACGAUGAUGAAGGUGAUAUAUUGGCUUCUCUGACUGUAUGGUGGAUUAUCCUGCGAUUCAUGGGGGACCUACCAGAGCCCCGAUCUCCUGAUUCGACAUCUCAGGUCUCAAGUCUCAGCAUUUCUCGCCAUCUGCCUAACAGGCAGGGAAGGAGGCUCAGUAACCUUGUUGGACUUGACCAGAAAAUAUUGAGGAAGAACAAGAAAAAGCAUGGAACCAGGAAAGCCUCUGCAAUUCUUGAGGAGCCAGAGAACUUCACAGAGGAUGAAGAUGUGUUAAUUGGAGAGGGUCCUACAUUGGACAGGCCUCUUUCUCCUUUGGAAAAACUACACAUUAUUGUUGGAUACGCUCUUUCCAAACGAGGAAUAAGAGAUGAGAUUUACUGUCAAAUCUGUAAGCAACUGUUGAACAAUAAAAACAGAAUGAGCUGUAUGCAAGGUUGGGCCCUACUCUCCAUCUGUCUGGGGAUCUUUCCCCCGACAGACCUCUUCAUCAAGUAUUUAGAGGCCUUUGUCCGCAAAGGACCAAACGGGUAUGCUGAAUAUUGUAGUAAGCGCCUGCAUCGGAUUACAGCCAAUGGAGAAAGAAAGGAGCUGCCAUGUUGGAUGGAAUUUCAGGCUGUUAGAACUAAGGAGCAUAUAGAAAUGGUUGUGACUCUGACAGAUGGCAGUAAUGUCAGCCUGCAGCUGGACUCAGCCUCCACCUCUGAAGAGGUCUGUCAAACUGUGGCUGAAAAGAUUAAUCUUCGAGAUGCAUAUGGAUUCUCUCUCUACAUUCGCCUCUUUGAUAAAAUGUGGUCUCUGGGCAGCUGUGGGAAGCAUGUGUUCGAUGCUGUGUCUCAGUGCGAGCAGGAGAUGAGGCGACAAGGCAAGCAUGAGAAGGACACCCCUGUGCAGUUAACAAUCCGCAAAGAGAUGUUCACGCCUUGGCACGACUGCUCUAUAGACUCCAUCAGCACAGAUCUCAUUUACAAGCAGGUCAUUCAGGGCAUCAAGUCGGGAGAGUACACUUGUGAGAAGGAUGAUGAAUAUGUCCAACUAGCAGCAAAGCAUUACUACAUCCGGUUUGGCUCGGCGUACAGCAAAGAAAAUGUGCGCAAGGCGGUUGAGGACUGCAUUACUAUACCUCUGAUCGAGAACAAGUCCAUGGCCAAAUGGAUUCAACUUAUUAGCACAGCAUACUUGCAGGGUCCUUACACAAAUGGGGCCGUGAGCAAAGAGAGUGUGAAAGGAGAACUGGUUGACAGUGCCCGAGUGGAUUGGCCAAUCCACUUCUCCAAGUUUUAUGAUGUUACAAUGAUGUCAGGGCCUCCUUUGCCCAAGAGCAGGUUUAUUGUGGCGGUAAAUUGGAGUGGCAUCUUCUUCAUGGAUGGCAGAGACAAGAAACUUCUUGAGUGCCCUUAUUUGGAAAUAAGAGAAGUCAAAAAGUUGAGUGAACAGUCCCUGAGUGUAGCCACAGUGAGAGGUGAAUAUGUCCUAAUGUGUGGCGAAGCUGAUGACAUGACUGCACUUGUAGAGCAAAACCUUAGUGGACUACGAGCCCGCUCAGUAUUUGCACUGGCCCAGCAGGAUUUCAGUAAACCAGAUGACCCCAAAUUCUUGGUCUGUAAACAAGGAGACCUUUUGUUGAUUGAAAAUGAGCAAGAAUAUUCCCACAACAAUAAUGUGGUCAAAGCUACAAAUCAGAAAACAGAUCUCAGUGGUGCCAUCUAUAAAGAUGUAUUGCAGUUCCUUCCAACUCUGAGCAGACCCGCUGAAGACAUGCUGGAGCUGCUCAAUCCAGGCCAAAGGAAACUCUCCGUUACACAAAGUGGGCCCCAAAGAGAAGAAACAAUUGCUCCAGUCUCUUUAAGAGAGUUUGCGCUUGACAAUUUUAGACCUCUAGGUAAAGAAAGGCUAUGGGUGUGUUCAAGAGAACCGCUGAAGCAGCCGCUUAUGAAGAAUCUGGUCCGUAACUCUGAAUUGAACUACCUUGCCUGUAGUGCCUUCACUGCUAUCCUGAAGUACAUGGGUGACUACCCCAUUAAGCAAGUCCGGAGCCCAAUAGAGUUGACAGACCAAAUCUUUGGCCCUGCUACCCAACACGAGCUUCUGCAGGAUGAGAUCUAUUGCCAGAUCAUGAAACAAAUGACCAAUAACAACAACAGGUUGAGCAUGGAGCGAGGGUGGCAGCUGAUGUGGUUGUGUUCAGGCUUAUUCCCGCCCAGUCAGGAUUUAAUGAGACAUGCUGAGCGUUUCCUUGAGUCGCGACCUAGAGAACCCCUGGCUACAGGAUGUCUCCAGAGGUUGAAGCAGAUGCGUAGUAAGGAGCCCAGGAAACGACCUCCCCCUUUGGUUGAAGUAGAUGCCAUCCAACAGAACAGCACCCAGAUUUUCCAUAAAAUUCACUUCCCAAAUGACACAAAUGAUAUAUAUGAGGUGGCAUCGACGACAACAAUCCAAGAGCUGUGCUACAGCAUUGCUUCUCAGCUAAAACUGAGCUCUCCCGUUGGAUAUGGCCUCUAUUUGAAAACACCAAGCAAAAUGCUGUGCUUGGAUGAAGAGGAAUAUUUCUUUGACAGUUUACGCGAGGCAUCUGAUAUUUCAAAGAAAGGGAAAAAAGUGAGAGAAGUCAACUUAGCAUAUGGUCUGAUUCUUAAGAGGAAGCUCUGGUUCAAUGUGAUCCCAGGAAAAGACUUGGUUGCUGACCUCACUUUCCAUUUCCCACAGGAACUGCCUAAAUACCUGCUGGGCUAUCACGACUGCAGCAAAGAGGACAUGAUCACGCUCGGUGGUCUGCUUUUCAGAGCCAAGGUGGAUUCUGACAGGUCUCAGUUUGUCAUGAUCCCCAAAAUGUUGAAAGACUUGGUCCCUACUGACCAGAUCAAAAGCAUGUCCCCUGAGGAAUGGAAGAAGCACAUAAUGUCAUCCUACAACAAGCAGAGUGGCAUCACACUGGACGAAUGCAAAAUUGCUUUCCUUCAAGCCAUAUCAAGCUGGCCAACCUUUGGCUGCACCUUCUUUGAAGUUAAACAAACGUGCGAGUCAAGCUACCCGAAUACAGUUUUGAUUGCUAUCAGCAAGCAGGGUGUAAGCUUAAUAGACCCAAAGUCAAAGGAGUUGUUGGUCAUGCACCCAUUCAGCCGCAUCACAGAGUGCCACAGCGAAGGUGGCUACUUCCAGAUGACCAUCGGCACCUUGGUUAAAGGGAACGUCUUUGUCUGUGAAACCUCACAGGGACAUACAAUGGAGGACCUACUCAGAUCAUACGUCAGGAUGUAUGAAAGAGAAAGGCAGGCUUUUCAAACAAAGAAUCACAUGUUUGCUUGAGCUGUUUUGAUUCAUAAAAGCUCACCUAGGCUUCCACAAUUGUUAUUCUUGUAUAGAGUUACCAAGACCAUAAAUUAUAUUAAGGGCUUUUCAAAUAAAAACCAUGUUUGCUCAAACUGCUGUGAUUUAUAGAAACAGACCUAAACAUCUGUCUUGUAGAAAUGAUGUAUCUUUCCCAGACAUUUUUAUUAUUCACUUGUUUUAUUUUCUGCAGGUUUUAUUCUCGUGGCUUUUUCUCAAAUCAUCAGUACAUAUUAAGCACUUGCUUUUGCUCCAAGCUACUGUUUACAUAUUUAUGGAUAUAAAAUAUUUAAGUACUUACUACUUAUAACCUCAGAUUUUGCCCAUUUUUUGAGUAGGUUUACCAGAAUAUCUACAUAUCUGUUGUUAUGGCAACUGAAUUUAUUAUUAUUAUUAUUAUUUUUAAUUCAGUUCUGGAAAUUUCACAACUGUUCUCUUCUCAUCUCUUAAUGCUUGGGUUUUUAAUAGCAGAAAUAAAUGGGUCUCAUAUU